AAUCUCUUCACAGGUUUAUGUUGUGUAUGAGUGAGAGGAGGAAGAUCAUCAUGCCACCUCACCUUGCAUACGGACACCAAGGAGGUAAGGAAAUCCCCGUCUCAGCCGGGCUGGUGUUCCAUAUUCAUGUGAUCUACUUCCACAACCCGAAAGACUCGGUGAAGGUGGAUGUGACAUUCAGACAGGGGGUGUGUAAUGAGACCAGCCAAGUUAAUGACUACAUCCAGUAUUACUACAACUGCACACAGAUGGAUGGCACACUGCUGUUUACCUCGUGAGUCUCACCAGGACACAACACUGUCUCACACACUCACACACACACACACACACAGACACACCUGCCUCCAUUCCUAAUAGAUUUAUAUUCUUAUUAAUGGCUUACAGAUCCAUUGGAUAUGAUUUAAAAUAAUUUUAGUAUUUUAGAAUUUUAGUAGAAUGCAGAAAGGUGUUCCUGAAGGUUACCUGUUCGUUUGGCUGGACGAGACGCCCAAGGAGCUUUUCAGGGCUAUGGACUUAAAUCAGGACAAUGAAGUUCCACAGGAGGAGGUGACACACACACACACAGAAAUUCUCUGUUCUCUAUAAUACUCUCUUAAGCUAGUCCAUACUCUAAUAUUUUCAAAUCGUUAAAAGAGAAUUCAGGGUGCAGGGCUAUGUGCUGCUAAGGGGGUGUGGCCAUGGCCCAUGAGUGUCACAUGGCUGCAGAACAUCGAGGAGACAUGUCUAGGUGCUAUGAUGUGGCCAUCACAUUAACUAAACAGGUCACACUAUUAAGUAUAAUCUGAAGCAUACCCAGUAAUUCUGCAUCUUGUGAUACCGAUAUUAACGUUUCUCUUCUUCUGUGCUUGAAAAGGUUGAAGUCCUGAAUAUCACCACAUUUAAAAUUGGAGGAAGAUGCAGAGAAAGAAAAAAGAGCACACACAUACAAACAAAACCAAUUCCUCUCUGAGAU